AAAUGGAUCCGACCGCCUCAGACCACUCAUUUGUGACAGAAUGCUACAUCAAACCAGGAUCCAGCAGCUUUUCACCUGAACCAUGGCCAGGGCAUAAAUCAACCACUCAAGAUGGAACUUGCUUGUGAAAUAUCACCCCGUUCCUUCCUGCUCCGCCCUGUAGGCUCUCUGCUCCGCACAGUAUGGCUGUAAUCCUCUGAUUCACAUGUCUUCGUCUAGUUUUAACUUGCUCUGUAAAAGUAAAAAGUUUCAGAGCUGUACAAUACAACACUGUUCAGAGGACGAAGAAGAAAGAUCCGCACAUGAUCUGAAAACUUCCGAUCAAGACCCAGCUAACUGGAGAAACGAGAAAUAUCUGCUUCAUCUUUAUUCAUGCCAUGAGUUGAAGGAUGAUGGCGUUUGUUAAAGAGCUGCUCGUGGAUUCACUGAAGGAGCUGGUACAAGCUGAACUGAAGGAGUUUCAUUGGCGCUUAAUGAAUGCAUAUCAUAAGCAUAUCUCAAAGUCUGAAAUGGAGAAGGCAGAUGUAUUAGACACAGUAGAUAAGAUGGUGGUGUGUUUUGGACCAGAUGAAGCUGUGAAGGUCACGGUAGACAUCCUGAGAAAGAUGAACCAAAAUGAUCUGGUUGAUCAGUUGGUGAAAGAACACAAACAAGCUCAGACUGGGGACAAUGUGAAUAUAUCUGUUGAGGUUGGAGAGCUGCAAAACUUUUUGGAAACUCACAAAACAAACAUGAAGGAGAAAACAGAAUAUAUUUUUGAGGGCAACAAAGACAAUGAAGCACAACUCAAGGCUGUUUACACUGAACUAUUCAUCACAGAGGGAGAUAUGAAAGAUGUUAAUCACGAACAUGAGAUUCUGAAGAUUGAUGAUGCCUUCAAGAACAAAAAAACACAGAACAAACCAAUCAGAUAUAAUGAUAUAUUUACUGAACUGAGGAAAAACAAUGACAAAAAGAUUGUGCUGACUAAAGGAGUCGCUGGAAUUGGAAAAACAGUCUCUGUGCACAAGUUCAUCCUGGACUGGGCAGAAGGAAAAUCUAACCAGGAUAUACACUGUGUGUUCCUGCUUUCAUUCAGAGAGAUUAACUUAAUGACAAAUGAAGAUUUCAGUCUUCAUGAGCUUCUGCUGGAAUUUUAUCCUGAACUGAAGGACUUGGAGAAAUCAAAGCUAUAUACAGAAUGUAAGCUAGCAUUUAUAUUUGAUGGACUUGACGAGAGUCGCCUGCCUCUAAAUUUUAAAAGUAGAUCACUGAACACUGUUGAGAAAAAAGCAUAUGUGGAUGUGCUCUUUACAAGUCUGGUCAAAGGGACUCUGCUUCCAUCAGCUCUUGUCUGGGUGACAUCACGACCAGCAGCAGCCAAUCAGAUUCCUCCACGGUAUGUGGGUUUAUUCACAGAAGUGCAAGGAUUCACUGACCAGCAGAAAGAGGAGUACUUCAGAAAGAGAUUCACAGAUGAGAGUCUGUCCACCAGAAUCAUUUCACACAUUAAGACGUCUCGUAGUCUCUACAUCAUGUGCCACGUUCCGGUGUUCUGCUGGAUUACAGCCACAGUACUUCAGGAUAUUCUCACUGAGAACAAUGAAGAGAACAUCAGCACAACACUCACUGAAAUGUACAUUCACUUCCUGCUGAUACAGACGGACAUGAAGAACCAGAAAUAUGAUGAACAAGAAGAAAGAGAAUGUAUAGAGUGCUUACAAUUAAAUAAAGAGAUUAUUUUAAAGUUAGCUAAAUUAGCAUUUGAACAACUAAAGAAGGAAAACAUUGUGUUCUAUAAGGAAGAUCUAAAAGCAUGUGAUAUUGAUGUGAGUAAAGACACUGAGCCCACAGGAAUGAUUGCUGAGAUCUUCAGAAGGGAACACAGACUUCAUGGAGCAAAGGUCUUCUGCUUUGUGCAUCUGAGUGUUCAAGAGUUUCUCGCUGCAUUGCAUGUGUUCAUCUGCUAUCUGAACAAAAACAUGCAGGAGCUUCAGUUUUUCUUUGAUGGGCCAGAAGAAAAUGUGACAUUAGAAAAGUUACUGCAGAAGGCCAUUGAUAAAGCCAUGGAGAGUCAGAUAGGACAUCUGGACCUGUUCCUGCGUUUUCUGAUGGGAAUUGCACUGGAAUCCAGUCAAAACCUGCUCAAAGGCCUGAUCACACAUGCUGAAGACACCACAAAGAUCAUCAUAAACAUAAGUGAAUACAUGAAAAAACAAAACGAGUACAUUAUUUCAGAUGAAGCUCUAGUAAACUUAUUGUACUGCUUACUUGAGCUCAAAGAUAACUCAUUAAAUGAAGAAAUCCAGAAAUACCUCAGUUCAGAUGAACAUCCAGGAAGAGAUCUCUCAUCUUCAAUGUGUACAGUGCUGACCAACAUACUGUUGAUGUCAGAGAAGGUGCUGGAUGAGUUCAACCCAAAGAGGUUCACAUCAGAACAAUCAGACUACAAGAGACUCAUUCCAGCUGUGAGAUGCUGCAGAAAAGCCCUAUUUGACGGCUGUGGUUUUGAUGAAACAUGCUGUGAAACUGUGUCUUCUGCUCUACAAUCAUCAAAUUCUCAUCUGAUAGAGCUGGACCUGAGCAGCAAUCACCUGCAGGAUUCAGGAGUGAAGCUGAUUUAUGAUGGACUGAAGAGUUCACACUGUCGACUGAACAUACUGAGGCUUUGUGGCUGUAGUCUCACUUCUCAGUCCUGUGAAAGAUUGUCAUUAUCCCUACAAUCAUCAAACUCUGUCCUGAGAGAGCUGGACCUGAGUAACAAUGACCUGCAGGACUCAGGAGUAAAGCUUCUGUAUGAUGGACUGAAGAGUCCAAACUCUAAGAUGGAGAUUUUAAGAUUUUCCACAUGUAAUCUCACUGCGCAGUCUUGUGGGAGUUUGUCAUCAGUUUUAGAAUCAUCAAACUCUGUCCUGAAAGAGCUGGACCUGAGUAACAAUGACUUGCAGGACUCAGGAGUAAAGCUUCUUUCUGAUGGACUGAAGAGUCCAAACUGUAAGCUGGAGAUACUGAGGUUUUCUGGCUGUAUGGUCACAGAGAAAGGCUGUUAUUAUGUGUCUUCAGCUUUGACUUCAAACCCCUCACAUCUGAAAGAGCUGGAUCUGAGCUACAAUCACCCGGGAGAUUCAGGAGUCAAGCUGCUCUCUGAAAAACUGGAGGGUCCACUGAACAAACUCAAAGUUGAUCAUGGAGGAGAAUCCAGGAUUACAGCAGGACUCAAGAAAUAUGCAUGUUUUCUCACACUGGAUCCAAACACAGCGCACACUGAUCUCCGUCUGUCUGAGGAGAACAGAAAGGUGACGUAUGUGCUUGAGUCUCAGUCAUAUCCUGAUCAUCCAGAGAGAUUUAAUGAUGUUUAUCAGGUGUUGUGUAGAGAGAGUGUGUGUGGACGCUGUUACUGGGAGAUCGAGUGGAGUGGAGGUGUGUCUAUAUCAGUGUCAUAUAAGAGCAUCAGCAGGAAGGGAGGUGAUGACUGUGUGUUUGGAAAUAAUGAUCAGUCCUGGAGUUUGGACUGCUCUCCUGACGGUUACUCAUACAGACACAAUAACAGAGAGAUUAAUUUCCCUGUACAGCCCAUCAUCAUCAUCAGAAGAAGAAGAUCAGGAGUGUCUGAUAAUAUCAGAAGAACAGGAGUGUAUGGUAAUAUCGCUAGAGUAGGAGUGUAUGUGGAUGAGAGCGCAGGAACUCUGUCCUUCUUCAGCGUCUCUGACACAAUGAGACUCAUCCACACAGUCCAGACCACAUUCACUCAGACACUCUGUCCUGGGUUUACCGUUUAUUAUGGAUCAUCUGUGAAACUGUGUUGAUGAAUCAGAAGAGACUGAUGAGAUUCUACCCAGAAUGCUUUGAGCUGUGUAAUGAAACAGUAAUGGUGAGAUAUUAUGAGCCUCUUCAUGACAUUAAUACCGCAGCACAAAAGUGAUAUAUAAAUAGAUAUAAAUGCCAAAAUAAAUGUGUCAGAGAUAAAAGGUUACUGUAAGUAACAAUGCUGGUAUCCAACUGCCAGUAAUUAAAUUAGAUUUACUUGACAGUAAUAGCUUUACUGUAUAUUACUAACAGUAUCAGUACAGUAGAGUUUAUUUUCAUUUAUUGAAAAAUGUUUUACCUGUAAAAAUAUAAAAAUAAACAAUUUUAAUUGUGGGACAGAACUGCAAACCAUCACAACCCCCCCAAAAUCACAACAACUCAUUCAUUUAAAUUAGACAGAGGUCCUGAAACACUGCCACACUCUCUAGCAUCAUUGUCUGCAGUAUCGCAAAGAUGCCCAUGGUGGUCUUCUCAGUGGCACUCUGUAAAAGAUCUUCCGUGUCCUAAAGAUGAAUAUGUAUUUAACAUGUGAACAAGAAAUAUGUACCUUACUAGUCAAAUCAUUUUUAGAAAAUGGCAGUGCUUACAGUGACCCCAAUCUACUAUCUUGUCCUAUUAAAAGGCAUAAUGCAAAUUAUUUUAAAGAAAGGACCAUCAUUUGUUAUUUUACAUUAUGUUUAACUUAACUACAAAAAUGCUGUUAUCCUUAUGAAAACUGUUUAUUCAAGAGUGCUAUUAGUAUACUUAUUUUAAACUUAAAAUAGGAAAGUAUACUCUUAGUUUACUUUUAUGUACAUCUCAGAAAUAUGCUUAAAAUUACAUAAGUAUACUUAACUUAUACUUAGUAUAUAAUAUAUUUAUUAUAUACUUUUUAUAUUUAUUUAUAUUUAUACUUUAUAUUAUAACUUCAUUACACAAUUUCCAAAACACAAGCAAGGAAGAAACAUUCUUCCAACAGCAUAAAACAGCAUCAAAACUCUGACUCUGACUGACAAAAAAAUGUUAUGGAAUAAAAUGUUGAUCCAUGAAGAGAAUAAUGACGGACAAACUUUGGGCUGUUGAUCGACUUCAUCUGCAUUUUGUUUAUCAUUAUGAAUCCAUUCCAUUCUAUUCCAUUUUUUAGCUUUUUGUUCAAAUAUUCGUAAAACAACAUAUAUACAAAUGAAUACCUAGAUGUAACCCGUAUUAACUGCCGUUAAUAUGGAUUUAAAUAAAGGCGUAAUCAACAUAGCUGAUGAAAAAUAGCGAUUGUCUCUUUAAGAAUGAGUGGCAGCAGUGAGUCAAGCCCCGCCUAUCUUUUCUUGGUAGAGCGCGCCAGAGAGAAAAUUCUCGAUUCUCUUAGAGUGGGAAGAGGCAGCUACAAGAAGGAUCUCCUAAUCCUUCUUUGUAAGUGACUUAAUUAGGGAAAAAUGACCAGAUAUUACAGAAAUCGUGAUUUCUGAAGCUGAAAUUCUAAUGUGAAGGAGCUGUCGUCGGAGAGCUAAGCGGACGAGACGAGAUUUACAGAACUGCAGAGUUAAAAAGUGCCACAAAAGAGCUCCUUGAAUAUAUUUAUUUAUCCCUUGGUGAGAUUGAUUUAAAUGUCUUGAUAAAACUUGAUAUCUGUAUCAGAAAAGUGCCGCUGAUUUAAUAGUUGAUUGUAAGAUAGAAGUAGACCACGUGAGCUGAAACUGACAUAAAAAAUAAUGAGAUUUAACUUAGUAUCAAAAGUUAUUCAAGUGCUAUAGUGUUUAAUAAGUUUUGGAGUGUCGAAUUAAUAUCGUAAAAAUUCAAUUUAACGCUGAAACUAUUGAAAGUUUAUUGUUUUGCCCUGCCCCUCCUCCCUCCCUUGUGAAAUCAGAGAUCCCUGACGAUUCUUGAUUCCCGUUUCAAGAUGAACGCCGUUUAAUACGAGGCGAGCCAUUUCUAUGUUGAACUGUUUUGAGCCUAUUGUGUUACAUACUAUAUAAUAAGAAAUCUGAACACUAUUGAUUUUUGUAAAAAAAUUAUUUUAUUUUCCUCUUUUAUUUUUCUCUGUGUAUUUGUGUACUCGAUCUGCUGAAUCCAUGCACCUGUGAAAUCCAAAAAGAGCAGUUGUUAUUACUUACUGUACUUCUACUAAUUGUUAAUUUUAAAUUUUCAAAUACAGAAAGUUAAACACAAAAAAUGACUUUGUGGAUUGUUCACUCACCUGUUGUGCUGUUCUCUUCUCUCCAGUAGCCGUGCCCUUCUUCUGA